UCUGUGAAUUCUGAAUCAGAAACACAAGCAUCAAUGCAGGAACCUGUCAAGGUACAUGCCUCUGCUGGCGCUGGGAGUGUUUCCGCGAACUCGGCAAGGCCGAAGCUUCCAAGAUACACUCUGCGUUCCGCGAAUAAAUCAAACAAAGAGGAGCCACAUGCUGCGUCCAGGAGGGGAAGACCAACAUCAAGUGUGAGUAAAAGUGUGGGUGUUCUUGAUCUUUCUGGAAAGGAAAAGUCUGGUAGUGCUAAACCGCCGAGAAGGCUCUCAAUUCCUGCCAAAGCAUCUGCAAUUCCAGGCCCAAAGCUGGCUGGUAAGCCUACUAAUAUUUCCCCAGUCACGGAGACCAGAACUUCUAGGUCAACUUACGGUCAGAACAAGAGUGAAACUCCCACUUCUGACAUGUCAAGACCAUCUAGCAGAAAGAAGUUCAAUGCUUUGUCUUCUGCUUCGUUUUGGUUAUCCCAGAUCAAGGUCUCAGAAUCGGCUGCUAAGCACUCAAUCUCGCUUGGAUUUUUCAAACUGGCUUUAGAGGCAAUAUCCGAGCCACAGCAUCUGAAGAGAAUGCAAGAUGAGCUCAAAUCUUAUGCACAGCGCCACCAGCUAGCUGAACAAGAACUUGUGAGAGAAUUGUUUGAGAGCUACAACAUCUCAGAAAACACAAAGCAGUUACAGCAGGAUGUCCCCGAAUCUGUUUCAGGGGUUCGAGAAGAGGCAAGUGGGUUAUCCGAUGAAGAUUUGAAUAACUCAUCUACCAUGAGUACUGGGAAUAUGGAACCUAAGUGCUUAAACAUGGACCCUAGUAAACCCUCUCCUAAGGAAGAACCAAUCAAGAAGGAGACUUGUCAAAAGAGUAAUCCCAAAUGCAGAGCAAGAGGAAGUUUCAGUGAGAAUUCUGCAAAUUCAAGAUCUGGUUUGGACAGUGGGAGUCGCAGGUCAGUGAAAAAACCUGAAAAGCCAGGUAAGGAAGAACCUAACAAAGAAAAGGGGAAGAUCAGGAAGCAGGGGAAGAAAUCUAAUGUUGCACAAGGUCCUGUCAGCACUUCCAUUGCUGAAGAUAAGCAAGGAAACAAAGAAAACUUGGAUGCAGUAACCCACUGAAGAGAUAAGUGUGUAACAAGCCAUGUGACGAAGCUUGUGUUUGAACUUCUGAGUUGUUAUGUGUGGAGCUGGCGUUUUUACCAGUCGCAUGAAAUUUGUCUCGGACCUACCCCUCAAAGCCUGAAUCUUUGUGAUCAGUUACGAAGGCGUGGUGUUUGUCUGUCAAACAGUUGCUAAUUAAACCAAAUUCAAAUUGUAUCAUGGUUUAUACUUGGAUUUGUUUUUUAUAUUUUGAUUGAAUGCUAUAUUUGUUCUUCUUUUUUUUUUUUUGACCUUGAAAUGCUAUAUUUGUUGAGGCGAGAGGCUUUAUUAAAUAAUAGAUGGUAUGUCUGAUGUGGGCUUUUUUACUCAUAUAC